AUGAUUUCUUUCCAUAAGAAAACUAAUCUUGCUGAUUUAGUGAAUGAUGUCGACUUCUCAAAAACAAUGCUGACUGAGUACUUUUAUGUGAACCGAACAAAUAAAGAAGUUCAGAAUCUAAAGCUCUUGUACAAGCAGUUUCCUGAGUUUUUUGUCUGGAAACCAGCUAAAAAACGCUGGUCUCGAAGAAAGCAGCGAAGAGUCAUUGGAAGAUUAGUAUCAGUUAGUCCUACAGAGGGAGAACGAUAUUAUUUGAGACUGCUUUUAACUCACGUUCGUGCACCUACUUCCUUUGAUGAUUUGUUAACUGUUAAUGGAGUUCAUAUGAGUUCCUACAGAUUAGCUGCUUUUGAGAUGGGAUUACUUCAAUCUGAUACAUAUAUUGAAGAUACUCUUGAUGAAGCUGCUACUUUUCAGAUGCCUUCUUCAUUUAGAAGCUUAUUUGCUAUAAUGCUAGCUUUCUGUUCUCCAUCAAAUCCAAAAGGCCUGUGGGAAAAGUAUGAAAGUGAACUGUCAAGAGAUUUUCAAAGGAAUAGAUCAUUAACUGGUAAUAAUUCUGAUUACAUCAGAAUGUUUGCUCUUGAGGAGAUCAAUAAAUUCCUAGAACAAAUGGGUAAGAGUGUAGAUGAUUUUCACUUGGCCUUUCAUCAUCUUCGAGCUACAGCGGAUCAACAGAUUACAAAGGAAAUUGAGGCAGAAAGAAACAUUCAGUUUUCAGAAGAGGAUCUGCUCUUGCCUUCAAGGCUAAAUAUGGGACAGAAAUUUGCUUAUGAUACAAUUAUGAAACAGAUUUUUUCAACAGAGGCCAAAAGUUUUUUCAUUGACGGGCCUGGUGGAACCGGCAAAACAUUUCUUUAUCGUUCACUUCUAGCUACAUUGCGCUCCCAAGGUUAUAUAGCCAUUGCUGUGGCGUCGUCUGGAGUUGCAGCCUCCAUUCUUCCUGGAGGAAGAACAGCGCAUUCGCGCUUUAAAAUCCCACUUGAUAUGUCUGAAGUUAGACCAUGCCAAAUUAGCAAGCAAAGUUCUACUGCUAAAUUGAUUGUCCAGUCUAAACUCAUUCUGUGGGAUGAAGCCUCAAUGGUUAGACGAGAAACGAUUGAAGCAUUCGAUAUGCUUCUUAAAGAUAUUAUGGAAUGCAGUGAUCCUUUUGGCGGCAAAGUAGUAAUUUUUGGAGGAGAUUUUCGGCAAACCUUGCCUGUCAUUCAGAAUGCAACAAGAGAUGUUUUAGUACAAGCAAGCUUUGUUAAUUCGCCUCUGUGGAGCACUUUACAGAAAAUUACUUUAACAGAGAAUAUGAGAGCUGUUAUGGAUCCUCCAUUUUCUGAAUUCUUGCUCCAAAUUGGAGAAGGCCGUCAACCAGAAGAUGAAGAUGGGAAGAUAUCUUUAUGUAAAGAUAUGGUGAUUCAUUAUGAUGGCAAAGAUACUGCUCUUACCAGGUUAAUACAAACUGUAUUCAGUGACCUAAACGUGUAUUCCUUGGAUCCAUAUCAAAUGAUCAACCGUUGUAUUCUAUCGGCAACAAAUAGUGCUGUUGAUGAUGUCAAUCAGACUAUCAUUGAUAGGUUUCCUGGAGAACCGCAUGUUUAUACAAGUACUGACAGGACUCUUAACGAAAGGGAUCAAGGUGACUAUGAAGACUUGCUUAAUUCUCUCAACCCGAAGGGAUUGCCUCCUCAUAAGUUGAUUUUGAAGAAAAACUGUCCGCUAAUUCUUGUGAGGAACUUGAACCCAACAGAAGGUCUUUGUAAUGGUACCAGACUAAUAUGCAAGGAACUGCGACAGAAUACCAUUUGUGCUGAAAUAGCAGUAGGGCAGCACCGUGGGAAACAAGUUUUCUUGCCAAAGAUUCCUCUUCAAUCCUCUGACAGCGAAAAAAAUGGAAUCCCUUUCAAAAGAACUCAAUUUCCUGUCAAAUUAUGUUUUGCAAUGACAAUUAACAAGUCUCAGGGACAGACUCUGGAUUAUGUCGGAAUAUAUUUGCGCGAGCCCGUUUUCUCUCACGGGCAGUUAUAUGUUGCCCUUUCUCGAGCAAAAACUUCAGCUGCAGUGAAAGUGUUGAUAAUACCAGCAACUUUUCAUGACAUGGUUACUGAGUUCAGAACUAGAAAUAUUGUCUUUCAUGAAGUUCUUGAAUUAUCUAAGCAGUAG